AUGCCAUACCUCUGGUGCUUCUUCCUAUCUUCUUUGAUCAACCUCACCGCCGCGCUGAACUGCGAAGCCAUCGAUCACCAUGCCCAAGUCAUCCAACGAGACGUGGCCGUCGUAGGAGGAGGCAGUGCCGGAACCCACACAGCAAUCCGACUCCAUCAGCUGGGCAAGACCGUAGCUCUCAUCGAGCAGCAAGACCGACUCGGAGGCCACACCAACACCUACGUGGAUCCGGCGACGAAGCAAACCUUCGAUUACGGCACAUUCAUCCUCGGCAACACCACCGACGUGCGGAACUACUUCGACUACCUCGACGUACCGUUGAAAAAUUACACCGGCGAAUCCGUUCCCGACGAGAAGACGCUCUAUGCCGAUUUCGCUCGUCGAACUGCCGUGCGAAACGAUAGCGCCGAUCCGGAGACCUUGAAAGGAGCGUUGGCCCGCUACGUCGCUCAGCUGGAGAAGUAUCCCUACCUCGCAUCCGGCUUCCACCUCCCCGAUCGCGUACCGGAAGAACUGCUCAUUCCGUCCGGAGACUUCCUCGCCAAGUACGAUCUCGGAGCGCUGGCGGCUCAGAUUUACUACGUGAAUUUCGGAGUGGGAAAUAUCCUGGCCCAGCCCACGUUGUACAUGCUGAAGUAUGUCAUUAUACCUCCUCUCGAAAAAGGCGAUAGUUGCGAGACUCUGACCGUGGCAGGUAUUUCAAUUUAAUGCAGGUGACGGCGGAUAUCACUCAGAUGCUCGUCACGGAAGCAGAUCGAAAUCUCCAAGCUCUCUGUAUGUCACGGAACACUGCCAAGAGAAAGUAUCAUCAACAGAAUCCAGACUGAUGCUUUGAUCUAGACGAUGCAGCACUCCACCGCCUCGGCGAUGGCGGUCAAGCCUUCCUCAGCAGCCGCAUCACUUCCAUCUGCCGCAAUCCCACCGGUAUCCUCCUUACCAUGCAAACACCCACCGGCCCCAAAACCAUCAAAGCCUCCAAGCUAGUCAUGGCGAUCCCACCGAAACUCGAAAACCUCCAGCCCUUCUUCGACCUCCGCACAGACGAAAUCCAAGCUUUCCGGCAAUUCAACAACACUUACAUGUGGAACGCCGUCAUUGCCAAUACCGGCUUUCCCGCCGAUACGGCCAUCCGGAACACCGAUCCGCGAGCUACAUAUGAUAUCCCAGCCAUGCCCGCGAUGUACAGUUUCGCGCCGGGAUUUUCCGGGCUGCAUGCUGUCUGGUAUGGUAGCGCAGACUACAUGUCCAACGAGGAAGCGGCAGAGCAGAUGCUCCUGAGUGCUCGUCAGGUUCAGACGGCUUUUGGGUAUCAAUCGCCUGAGGGGACGGAGCCGACAUUGUUGAAGUUUCACGACCAUUCGCCGUAUGGCUUGAGUGUCUGUGUGGAAGCCAUCCGGGAUGGAUUUUAUGGUAGGCUGAACAGGUUGCAAGGCAUGAGGGAUACGUGGUGGACGGGUGCUGCUUGGGAGACGCAUAGUGCGAGUGCGAUUUGGCAGUUUACGGAGCGGGAAAUUCUUCCGCAUCUGGUGGAGAUGCCUUUGAAUCGGGACCAGGCGAAUGUCCUUCGACACUCGCAUCAUGGACAUUCGAGGAGUGAGCCUGUGGAAUAG